AUGGCUUCCGGUGCACCAGGUGGUAACUUUAGAACUUGGACUCCAACUCCUCCAGAAAGAGGCUCGUUCCCUCUUGAUCAUGAUGGAGAAUGCAAAGAGGCCAUGAUGGCAUAUUUGAAAUGUAUGAAGUAUACAUCCAAUCAAAACGCUCCCAAUUGCAGAGUCCUAGCAAAGCUGUAUUUACAAUGUCGUAUGGAUAAUCAGUUAAUGAAUCAACUGGACUGGGCUUCAUUGGGGUUGACUAAUCUCCCAGAGCAUCCUCAGCAUAAAGAUGAUCCGAAACAGAAAUAG